AUGGCCGCAACCGCCUGGGGCCCGCAGCCUCCGUGCCCCGAGCACACCCACGCUUACCGCAUCGUCAGCGAUUUCUUCCAGAAACAUCGCCGAGACGUUGUCGAAAUCGAGGUGCUACCCCCCGCCAUCGCACCGCCGAGUGGCUCGCCCGUCCUGGAAGAUGGUCUCUGUCUUGGUGUGCCCAAGCGCCUUCUUGCCGCCGCCUUCAUUGCCGCAUGCUCCAUCUUCUUCGACAAGCGGACAAGUAGCGAUCCCAGCUCUGUAGAAGCCGCUCUCGACGCAACCUCAGCAUUCUCCUACCGCUCCACAAUGUACACCAUAUACAACUGGAGCUAA